CAGAGCCGAGAAUGAAGCGGAGAGCAUCGGACAGAGGAGCUGGGGAGACAUCAGCCAAGGCAAAGGCCCUGGGAAGUGGCAUCUCCGGAAAUCAUGCGAAGCGAGCCGGGCCCUUCAUCCUCGGUCCCCGCCUGGGCAACUCACCGGUGCCCAGCAUCGUGCAGUGUUUGGCGAGGAAGGAUGGCACAGAUGACUUCUACCAACUGAAGAUCCUCACCCUGGAGGAACGGGGGGACCAAGGACUAGAGAGCCAAGAGGAGAGGCAAGGCAAGAUGCUGCUCCACACCGAGUACUCUCUGCUCUCCCUCCUCCACACGCAGGACGGCGUGGUCCACCACCAUGGCCUCUUCCAGGACCGUACCUGCGAGGUUGUGGAGGACACAGAGGCCAGCCGGAUGGUGAGGAAGAUGAAGAAGCGCAUCUGCCUGGUCCUCGACUGCCUCUGUGCACACGACUUCAGCGACAAGACCGCCGACCUGAUCAACCUGCAGCACUACGUCAUCAAGGAGAAGCGGCUCAGCGAGCGGGAGACCGUGGUCAUCUUCUACGAUGUGGUACGCGUGGUGGAGGCCCUGCACCAGAAAAACAUUGUGCACCGAGACCUGAAGCUCGGGAACAUGGUGCUCAAUAAGAGGACUCAUCGGAUAACCGUCACCAACUUCUGCCUCGGGAAGCAUCUCGUGAGCGAGGGGGAUCUCCUGAAGGACCAGAGGGGGAGCCCCGCGUACAUCAGCCCCGACGUGCUCAGUGGCCGGCCGUACCGGGGCAAGCCGAGCGACAUGUGGGCCCUGGGCGUGGUGCUCUUCACCAUGCUCUACGGCCAGUUCCCCUUCUACGACAGCAUCCCGCAGGAGCUCUUCCGCAAGAUCAAGGCCGCCGAGUACACCAUCCCCGAGGACGGGCGAGUUUCCGAGAACACCGUGUGUCUUAUCCGGAAGCUGCUGGUGCUUGACCCCCAGCAGCGCCUGGCCGCCUCUGACGUCCUGGAGGCCCUCAGCGCCAUCAUCGCGUCCUGGCAGUCCCUGUCGUCUCUGAGUGGGCCUUUGCAAGUGGUUCCGGACAUCGAUGACCAGAUGAGCAGUACUGACAACCCCCAGGAGGCGAAGGUGACGGAGGAGUGCUCGCAGUACGAGUUCGAGAACUACAUGCGGCAGCAGCUGCUGCUGGCCGAGGAGAAGAGCUCGGGCCACGAGGAGGCCCAGGGCUGCUCCCUGCCCCAGCCUGACCGGGAAGCAUGGGGUGUCAGCCCAUGGCCCCAGAUGGGUCCCCUCCCCAGGCCCCAAGAAGCCCCCUCUUGCCGGCCACUCCACUCAGACCAUCAGUCCCGCUUCCUGUCCGGUGGCGGGCGGCCUCUCUACACUUGGUUCUUCUUCCGGCUCAGCAGCUUCUCUGAGGUGCUGUCCACUGCGCUCCCUGGUUUCCCCCAUCCGGCCCGGUCCCGAGGGCGCAUUGACGCUACCAUGUGAAGGGCCAGCACACACUUGUCUCCCCUGCUGUGUUCAGAGGACGAUCCCAGCAGACCCGCCUGGGCGCUCUGGAGUGAGAGCCCAGGGACCCUCUCCUUGGCUGGCUUGAGAACAGCCCUGCUGCCCUUUUUGAGCCGAGUUUUUGUUUUGUUUUGUGUUUUGAAGUGGAUGCCCAUCUUGCCAGAAACGCUGUUCUCACCAGAAUGCUCUCCCAUCCCUACCCUGCCCAGUGCCCAGCAGAGACCCAUUCCCAGAGGUUUCCCUGGCAGGACCAACCCCUGCUACCGACCUUCGCUCCCCAGUGGGGCAGUGCCCAGGGCCUCCGUGGCCAUGUUCCCCAGAGUGUGAGCUGCCUCCCCUCAACGCUGACUCACUGUGAGUGACCUUGGGCAAGUUCCCAAACUUCCUGUGCCUCAGUUUCCCCAUCUGGAAAAAAUGGGGCCACCUCUUGCCAGCAGUAGCAGGGCCGCCCUCGCCCCUUCCUCCCAUGCCCUUCCUCCCAGCACGUGGGCGGCUCGCACCUCUGCCUCAGUGGGUCUGGGGGAGCCCACCCGUGCACAGCACUUCUCCCCUGAGCGCCAGCUCUGCCUCGGAGCCAGGGGACCGUGCUGGAGGGGCAGGGGGGCCUCUUUUCUGUAUUUAUUUCAAAAAGAAAAUUCUCCUAAGGGAAUAGAAAAGCAGUCUGGCCUAGGGCGCCCAUCCCCUGUGACUCCUGCUGGGAGUGUCUGAGAGGGCCAGCAGCUGCUUCCUGGGGCCCAGGGCCCACCUCCAGGUGUGGUCUCCCCUCCUUUUCAAAGCAAUACCCCCGUCUGCAGAGCGCGGCCAGACAGACUGGUCCCGCCCAGGCUCGCGUCUGUCUGCAUCUCGGCACAGCUUUGCGAAGAGGCGGGGCCUGCCCUGGCUGUCACAUCCUGAGAGAAGUCCUAUUAUAAAGAAACAAAACGGAAAAAGUCACAAAAAAGUUUGUAUAAAGACAUAUUUUUGUACUACAUGGGGGCUCUUCCUGCAUGUCAGCAAUAAAUUUCCUGAUCUGGA